AGUCUGGACCUCUCCUUCUCCACCAGCUCCUCCUCAUUUUGUUUUUAAAUAUGAUCAGUCGUAACUUUUAGAGGGUUUCAGAGGCAACAAAAGGCCUGAAUGUGACCAUUUAGUUUGAUCCACUACCAGGAAUCACCUUUAAAGUGAUCUCAAACAUGGAUGAUUGGGAAGAACAGGAAGCUACAAUAACCAACAACAUUUCAAAUGGAGGAGGAGACUCCUGGAACCGUGGAGACAAUGAACGGGGUCGAGGUGGGAGAGGCAGAGGCAGAGGAGGAGGAUUUAAAAACUCAUUUUCCUCAGGUGUUAAUGAGAAUGCAGACACUGGAGACACCUGGAAUAGUACAGGAGAACAAAGAGGUGGUUUCAGAGGAAGAGGAGGCCGAGGACGCGACCGAGGGUUUGGCAGUGUGGAUGGGAGGGAAUUUGAUGGUGAUGACAACAACAAUGGAGUGAGUGAAAAUGGAUUUAGAAGAGGAGGCCGCAGGGGUGGAAGGGGAGGCAGAGGAGGAGGAGGUUUUAGACAAGGUGGUGACCAGGGUGGCAGAGGAGGCUUUGGAGGAGGCUACCGAGGGAGAGAUGAAGAGAUCUUUUCUAAAGGGGAAGAUAAAGACCCAGAGAAGAAGGAUGGCGCUGACGGUGACAGACCCAGGGUCACAUACGUCCCACCAACCCUCCCUGAAGAUGAAGACUCCAUUUUUUCCCACUACGAGUCGGGAAUCAACUUCGACAAGUAUGACGACAUCCUGGUGGACGUCAGUGGAACAAACCCACCCCAAGCUAUCAUGACCUUUGAAGAAGCCGUCCUGUGUGAGACCCUGAGCAACAACGUCAGCAAGUCUGGGUAUGUGAAGCCGACGCCGGUGCAGAAACACGGCAUCCCCAUCAUCUCUGCUGGCAGAGACAUCAUGGCCUGCGCCCAGACUGGAUCUGGUAAAACGGCUGCCUUCCUGCUGCCCAUCCUGCAGCAGCUGAUGGCCGAUGGUGUGGCAGCGAGUCCAUUCAGUGAAGUCCAGGAGCCUGAAGCCGUCAUCGUGGCUCCAACCAGAGAACUCAUCAACCAGAUUUUCCUGGAGGCCAGGAAGUUUGCCUUUGGGACGUGUGUUCGUUCAGUGGUAGUUUACGGAGGCGUCAGCACCCAGCACCAGAUCAGAGAGAUCUGCAGGGGAUGCAACAUACUGUGUGGAACACCAGGACGGCUGCUGGAUGUGAUUGAAAGAGGAAAGGUUGGGCUCAGUAAGGUGCGCUACCUGGUGCUGGAUGAGGCCGACCGGAUGCUGGAUAUGGGCUUUGAGCCCGACAUGCGCCGCCUGGUGGCCGCCCCUGGAAUGCCGUGUAAAGAGAGCCGCCAGACUCUGAUGUUCAGCGCCACCUACCCUGAAGACAUCCAGAGGAUGGCAGCGGACUUCCUGAAGACCGACUACCUGUUCUUGGCUGUGGGGGUUGUGGGCGGAGCCUGCAGCGAUGUGGAGCAGACGCUGAUGCAGGUCACCAAGUUCUCCAAGAGGGAGCGGCUUCUGGACCUCCUCAAGACCACAGGAAUGGAGCGCACCAUGGUGUUCGUGGAGACCAAGAGACAAGCUGAUUUCAUUGCAGCUUUCUUGUGCCAGGAGAAAGUUCCAACUACCAGCAUCCAUGGCGACCGGGAGCAGCGGGAGCGAGAGUUGGCUCUGGCAGACUUCCGAUCCGGCAGAUGUCCCAUCCUGGUGGCCACCUCGGUCGCUGCUCGGGGUCUGGACAUUCCAGAUGUGCAGCAUGUGGUCAACUUUGACCUUCCUAACAACAUAGAUGAGUACGUCCACCGUAUUGGGAGAACUGGGCGCUGUGGGAACACUGGCAGAGCGGUGUCCUUCUACGACCCGGAUACUGAUAAUCAGCUGGCUCGGGCUCUGGUCACCAUCCUGUCCCAGGCCCAGCAGGAGGUUCCUUCAUGGCUAGAGGAACGUGCGUUCAGCGGCCACGGUUCCUCCGGCUUCAGCACCCCCAGAUGCAGGACUUUUGCCUCCACAGACUCCAGGAAGGGUCAACAUUCAGGAUCUUUCCAGGACAACGCUGUGAAGAAUCAGCCACCGCCUCAGGCUGCAGCUGAUGAGGAGGACUGGGAGUAGACGGGACUGAUCAGAGUUGAUUUUCUUUGAGGUGUUCAGCUUGUUGUGUUUUCGUUGUGUUUUUGUUUGCAGAGCCAGAUCGUUUCUCAGGCUGGACACAGUUAGUGUCUGUUGUGUUAAAAGAGGAAUCAGUUGUUUUGUAUAAACUGUGGAUUUGUUCGGUCUGAACUGACAAAAUGUGGAUUCUUCUUUCUAUCAUCACCUGCAUUGACGUGGUGAAACAGUGUCUGACAUAAAGUCACAACUUUCAUGUCAGAUUUCAAAUAUGUUUUGCUUCUUAAUAGGAUGAAGAUGAUCAAUAAAUAUUUGUUCAAAGCAGAGGUUACAUUUAUUGUCAGAUUGAUUGAAGGUUAGACAAGCUCAAUGACUCAAACUAGAUUUAAUAAAGUCUCUGACUGUUUAAAGAUCCUGAA